UUUACUUUGCGCCAUCUCCUCUCCAGCCGCCGUUGCUCUUCUCGACGCCAUCGAUCUCUUCUCCUGCCCUUGGAGUUCGAGAUGGCGGCGGCACAGCUAGUCGUCCUUGCGUGCAUCAGUGCCUUCUUCCUCCCCGCGCAGGCAGAAGCUCCUUACAGAUUCAUCAACUGGGAGGUCACCUAUGGCAACAUCAACCCGCUAGGAGUUCGGCAACAGGGUAUUCUGAUCAACGGGCAGUUUCCGGGGCCAGAGAUCGAGUGCCAGACAAACGAUAAUCUGAUCAUCAACGUGCACAACCGAUUGCCGGAGCCGUUCCUGCUUUCAUGGAACGGGUUCCAGCACAGGAAGAACUCGUGGCAGGACGGCAUGCCGGGCACCAACUGCCCGAUCCCGGCUGGCAAGAACUACACCUACCACAUGCAGGCCAAGGACCAGAUCGGCAGCUUCUUCUACUUCCCGUCGCUCGCCUUCCACAAGGCGGCCGGCGGCUUCGGCGCCAUCCGCAUCCACAGCCGCCCCCGGAUCCCCGUCCCCUUCCCCCCGCCGGCCGCCGAGUACAACAUGCUCAUCGGCGACUGGUACAACACCGGCCACAAGGCUCUUCAAGCAAUGCUGGACAGCGGAAAGCAGCUGCCUUCCCCUAGUGGCAUCCUGAUCAACGGCAAGGGUCCCAAGCGUACAAGCUUCACGGUGGAACAUGGGAAGACGUACAGGCUGCGCAUCUCCAACGUGGGCCUGGGGAGCACGCUGGGCUUCGCGAUCCAGGGCCACAACGCGACCCUCGUUGAGGUGGAAGGCACACACACGGUCCAGAACACGUACAGCUCCCUCGACGUCCACGCCGGCCAGUCGCUCUCCGUGCUUUUCACCGCCAGCCGCCCUGCCAGGGACUACCACAUCGUCGUCUCCACCCGCUUCACCAACCACAGCCUCGCCUCCACCGCCGUGCUGCACUACGCGGGCUCAAAGCUCCACGCCGCCGCCUCCGGCCCACAGCCCACUUUGCCCGCCAGCGACGUCGACUCGGCCCUCCGCCAGGCCCGAUCCGUCCGGACGAACCUGACGGCGAGCGGGCCGCGGCCCAACCCGCAGGGCUCGUACCACUACGGGAAGAUCAACGUGAGCCGCACCAUCAGGCUGGCCAACUCUGCGGGGCCCGGCAAGCGGAGGUACGCCGUGAACGGCGUGUCGUACGUGGACGCCGACACGCCGCUCAAGCUGGCCGACUACUACAACAUCAGCGGCGUGUUCCACAUGGGCGGCAUCCCGGACGCGCCCGCCGCGGCCGGCGAACACGGGAAGACGGCGCUGAAGAAGGCCACGGCCGUCAUGGACUCUGAUCACCGCUCCUUCGUCGAGGUCGUGUUCGAGAACAGCGAGGACGCCGUCCAGAGCUGGCAUCUCGAUGGGUACAACUUCUUCGUCGCCGGGAUGGACAAGGGAGCGUGGAGUGAGAAGAGCAGGAAAGGCUACAAUCUCGAGGACGCGGUCGCGCGCAGCACGGUGCAGGUAUAUCCGAGAGCGUGGACGGCGAUAUUCAUCGCGCUGGACAACGUGGGCAUGUGGAACGUGAGGUCGCAGGACUGGGCGCGCAGGUACCUGGGCCAGCAGUUCUACCUCCGGGUGUACACGCCCACGCACUCCCUGCGCGACGAGCAACCCAUCCCAGCCAACGCCAUCCUCUGCGGCCGUGCUGCCAACAGAAGCCGCCACGGCCCCCUCUCCCAAUACUAAGCUGCCGCGCCCUGGAAGAAUUAAUGAUGAUCCAAAGUGUACCGUAGUUUAGGAGUACUGCUAGUGGUGAGUAGAGUAGGAGUAUUGUGUGCAAGUUCAGCAAGUCGAAGACUUGUUUAUACUUCAUUUAAUUGUGGAAUCGUACCAGCUUUCUGGCCUGACGGCCUCGUUAUACAGAGUUACGGACUACACAGUGGUCUUAGUCUUUUGAGUUCAGAUAUACA